UUCUAGGCAGGUGGGCAGGUGGCAGACAGGCGGGCAGGGGGAGGAAAGCCCGGCAAGGGUCUGUCUCUGGGACAACGGUUCAGUGCUGAGCCCCGUGCUCCUGGCCCGGCUCUCCAGUGGUGAGGGACGUGGGCUCUGAACAUGUCAAGAUCUGGGUUCAGACCUCUGCUUGGCUGUGUGAUCCCGGGCGAGCCACUGGCUGUCUCUGAAUCUGGGGUCCGGCUUCUCAGCGGGACGGCACGACCCCUCCAGCAGCUCAGGGGCAGCCCCUCCCGGCCUGGCUCUGGGCUAAGCACCUUCCAUACGUCGUCUUGGUCCAUUCUCACCUAACCCUGUGAGGCAGGACAUUUCCUCCCUCUGCCCAGGCUGUCCUCAGCCACAGUCUCAUUUGGGGGGGGGGUCACACCGGGCCCACUGAGCGCCCUGGACGCCACUGACCCCGGCAUCCACAAAGCCCCAACCACUGCCCCGAGACGGGCCUGGGGCGCUUCUGCCCCUCCCCUCUUCCCGGGCCACCUCACGGGCAUCUCGACAUAAGCGGCACUCUUGACCCCUGCGCUCCUCACCCCAGCUUCCCGUGUCAGGACCAGAGCGUGAGCCGCGCACGACCCCUCUCCUCCUGCGUGUGCAUGCCCUGGUGACCUUUCCUCUCAACUAGAUUCUGAAUCCGCCCACCUCCCGACAUCUCUGCAGCCUCCAAGCUGGUCGCGGCCAACAUCCGCUCUGCCCCAGACCCGCGGCCGCCCCCUCACGCGUCCCCAGCUUCCGCUCUUCCCCCUGGAGCCCAUUCUCCAUGCUCCACUCUGGGGCAGCCAGAGGGGUCUUCAAGUUGCAAACCGGGUCGUUUCGGUCCUUACCCCAAAUCUCCCGACAGCUCCCCGUCACACUUGGGAUGACACGGAAAGUCCUCACCCGGGCCCGAGAGUCCCCACGUGCAGGCCUGCCGGACCUCAGCUCGCUGGGCGCACCGCCCUCCUGCCGUAGGGCCCCUUUUUGGUUUCUUGAGUAACCCGCGCGUAUUCCCUCGGGGCCUUUGCACCUGCUGCUCCUGGAGCAGCCCUCUUCCCCCUUGCCCCUUAGACCCCAGUUCAAACAUCACUUGUACCCCCAGGCUACCCCACUCUUCCUCUCCAGGGUUCCUUUAGCGCCCUCACGGUCCCUCUGAAAUUACCCAGUUCAAGAGCAUGUCCAUUUGCCUGUGACUCUCCAGACUCUAAGCUGCUGGAGGUGGGGAACUGGGUGGUCUCACUCCCCGCAGACAGCCAGACCCCACGACGGGAGGAGCUCAGCAAAUAUCGGACGGAUGGCUGCUUGACCGGAACUUGGGGAGGUGAAGGAACCUGUCUGACCACAAAGCAGCAGCAGAGCCGGGCACCAGCCAGGACAACCAGACCCCGAAGCUGGGGACUCGAUCCUAAAGCCAUGUUGCCCCCGUGGCAUUUGGCUAAGAGCUUGGCUGCCUGGGUUGGAAUCCCUGCCUCACUAAUUUGCUGGGUGUCCUUGGGCAAGGCGUUUCACCUCUCUGAGCCCCAGGUUCCUCAAAGACAAAAUCAGCACAUUAACAAUUCUGCCUCUAGUUGGUUAAAUGAGAAGCGCCAGGAACAUGCUCGCACAGGACCUGGCAGGCAGGACACCUGCUAAUAAUUGUAGCAGCUGUACGGUUAGCAUCACCUUCCUGCUUUGAGAGUUUAUAGAGAGUGGGGACCAGAGGCCGGCCGCCCAGUUUGCCUGCCUCCCCAAGCUGGGCACCCAGGUGUGCCAAGAGCGUCCCCCUGCUGGUUGGACAGGUUUGGGGAAGGGCACGCAGAGGCACGGGGCCCAGGCGGGGCCUGCCAGGGUUAAUUAGAGGGAGCUGGAGGAGAGGGGCUGAGCGGAGUCCGAGCAGAGGCCAAACUUCCACGGCCCCUGGGACAUUGGUUCGCGAGGCCAUGGGCCGGGGCUUAAAUUCUGCCAGACUCAGGCGCCAGAAACGGCGCCUGCGGCCUCAGGUCCAGAAGCCCAGGCAGCAGCCAGAGCGGCUGCAGCAGGAGAAUCACGAGCUCCGCCGGGGCCUGGCAGCCCGGGGAGCCGAAUGGGAAGCCAGGGCGGUGGAGCUGGAGGGGGACGUGGAGGCCCUGCGGGCCCAGCUGGGGGAGCAGCGCUCAGAGCAGCAGGACAGCGGGCGCGAGCGUGCGCAGGCCCUCCGCGAACUCGGGGAGCAGAACCUCCGGCUGAGCCAGCAGCUGGCCCAGGCCUCCCAGACUGAGCAGGAGCUUCAGAGAGAACUGGAUGGCCUUCGGGGACAGUGCCAGUCUCAGGUCCUGGCGGGAGCAGAGCUGAGGACGCGGCUAGAGAGUCUGCAGGGGGAGAACCAGAUGCUGCAGAGCCGACGGCAGGACCUGGAGGCCCAGAUCCGAGGCCUGCGUGAGGAGGUGGACAAGGGCCAGGGCAGGCUACAGGCAACCCACGAGGAGCUGCUGAUACUGCGGCGUGAGAGGCGGGAGCAUAGCCUGGAGCUGGAACGCGCGCGCUCCGAGGCCGGGGAGGCACUGAGCGCGCUGCGGAGGCUGCAGAGGCGCGUGUCCGAGCUGGAGGAGGAGUCGCGUCUGCAGGACGCCGACGUGUCGGGAGCCUCGCUGCAGUCGGAACUUGCCCAUAGCCUCGACAGCGACCAGGACCGGAAGGCAGACGGACACCGAGACGCCCGGGACACCCUGUGCCCUGAGAUCCAAGAGGCGCUCAGCCACCAGUCUUCGCCCCAGGAGGAGAGCUUGGAGCCUCCCAAGAAGCGAGCAUCCCUGAGCUCAGGGGAGAUACUAGAGGAGAAGGAGGCCGAAGUGGCCCGGCUGCAGGAUGAGAUGGCGCUGCAGCGGGCCGAGUUGCAAUCCCUCCGGGAGGAGCUGCAAAGGCAGAAGGAGUUGCGGGCACACGAGGACCCCGAGGAGGCCCUUAGGGGCGCCCUCUCGGAUCGAGAUGAAGCCGUGAACAAGGCCCUGGAACUGUCCCUAGAGCUCAGCCGCGUCUCUCUGGAGCGGGACUCACUCUCCCGGGAGCUGUUUCGCACUAUCCGCCAGAAGGUGGCGCUGACGCAAGAGCUGGAGGCCUGGCAGGACGACAUGCAGGUGGUCAUCGGCCAGCAGCUGCGCUCGCAACGCCAGAAAGAGCUGAGCGCCACCGAAUGUGGCCCGCGCCGCGCCGCGCCGCGCUUCUCCCUGCGCCUGGGCCCUGGGCCCGCCGGCGGCUUCCUGAGCAGCCUCUUCCGAAGGACCUGACGGCCGGGCCCAGGGGGCAGCGCGUGCCCGCUGGCUCUCUUUCCUCUUCUGGCCAAUGUAGCAACAGGGCCCCGAUCGUCUUCCAGACAGGGCUGGUAGCCUCCCCACUCAGGGAGGCUGGGCAAAGUCACACUGGGAGCAGGGGCCAGCUUUGGGGGUCAGGGGCCCCAGGUGGGUGGCGGCGCAGGUGGGGCAGAGCUGAGUCUUGUAUCUAUACAGGUCUAUAUUUUCUAAACACUCUGGGCCUGGCAUGUUCCAGGGCAGAGAUGGGGGUGGGUAUUUAUGUAUCAAGAUCAAACAGAGUAAUAUAUAAAAAUCAUUACACUGA